AUGACACCCCCACCUCCUUCAUCGUGCCCCAUGCAUCAUGCUCGAUCCUUCAAGCAGGGCAAUAAAGGAACUAGUCCUGCCGAUUGGUGGCCCGAACAACUGGACGUUUCGAUUUUGAAAAAGAAUGAGAACAACAACGCCGAAAAGGAAUCGCAGCGUUACGCGCAACAGUUUGCCCAGUUGGAUCUCUCGGCUGUGGAACGAGACUUGAAGGAGUUGAUGACUUCUUCGGUCGAUUGGUGGCCCGCGGAUUAUGGGCACUAUGGACCCUUCUUUAUUCGCAUGGCAUGGCACAGUGCCGGCACGCAUCGUAUCUGGGAUGGCCGUGGCGGCGGUGGCUCUGGACAACUUCGAUUUGCGCCGUUGAAUUCGUGGCCCGACAAUGGGAAUCUGGACAAGGCGCGUCGUCUCUUGUGGCCCUUGAAACAAAAAUACGGAGCUCGCAUCAGUUGGGCCGACUUGUUCAUUCUGACGGGAAAUGUCGCUUUGGAGAGUAUGGGAUUUCCUACCAUGGGCUUUGCCGGAGGUCGAGUCGAUGUCGAAUGGCCCGAAGAUCACGUCGAUUGGGGCAGUGAAACCAAAUGGCUCGAUGCCAAUCGCGAUCGAUAUGCUACUGGCAAUAGUACUAAAGCAAGCGAACGAAAUUUGGCACAACCACUCGGAGCCGUUCAAAUGGGAUUGAUCUAUGUCAAUCCAGAAGGACCCAACGGAGUACCCGAUCCAGUGGCCAGUGCCAGAGAUAUUCGAGAAACGUUUGCCCGCAUGGCCAUGAACGAUGAAGAGACGGUGGCAUUGAUUGCUGGUGGUCAUACCUUUGGAAAAGCGCAUGGCGCUGGAAAUCCAGAACAAUUUGUGGGUCCCGAACCGGAAGGAGCUUCCAUCGAACAACAAGGAUUGGGAUGGAAAAAUACCAUGGGCACUGGCAAGGGUGGUGAUACUAUCACGUCGGGUCUUGAAGGAGCCUGGACGGUCAACCCUAUUCGCUGGGACCAUGGAUAUUUUGAUCUGCUCUUUGGAUAUGAAUGGGAACUCACAAAGAGUCCGGCGGGGGCUCAGCAAUGGAUUCCUAAAAAUUACGGAGGGGCCGGUGUCCCCGAUGCGCACAAUGCGUCCAAACAGCAUUUACCCAUCAUGUUGACAUCCGAUCUUGCCUUACGAAUGGAUCCCAAAUACGCCACAAUCUCCAAACGAUUUCAUGCCAAUCCAAAAGCCUUCCAAGAGGCGUUUGCCAAAGCAUGGUACAAGCUCACGCACCGUGACAUGGGGCCCAUUGCUCGUUGUCUGGGACCCAAGGUGCCACCGCCGCAGUUAUGGCAAGACCCUGUACCACCCCAAACCUACCCCACCAUUGAAGCUCCUCGUCAUCGUGCUUGGUUGAAACAGCAAAUGCUCUCCCGACUCACCCCAACACAACUCGUUUCUGUCGCGUGGGCAUCGGCAUCGACCUUUCGACAAACCGACAAACGAGGAGGAGCCAAUGGAGCACGCUUUCGGCUCGCACCACAGAAGGACUGGGAAUGCAACAACGGAUUACAGCCCAUCCUAGCUAUCUUGGAAUCGAUUCAACGCGAAUUUCACCUACAGUUCCUUCCCGUGCAAGUUUCCAUGGCCGAUUUGAUUGUACUGGGUGGAUGUGCCGGCAUUGAAGCGGUAUCCGACGUGCCAGUGCGAUUCACUCCGGGACGUACCGAUGCCACACAAGCCAUGACGGAUGUCCAAUCGUUUGCCGUGCUGGAACCAAGAGCCGACGGGUUUCGCAACUUUCUGGCAAAGGACGUCGCCAUGGAAACAGCAAAGCCAGAAGAAUGGUUGGUCGAAACGGCGGAUCGCUUGGCAUUGACAGCACGAGAAAUGACAGUGUUGGUAGGAGGUCUUCGCGCUCUGGGUGUGGGUGGUGGUACUAGUAGUAGUGGAGUAUUGACGCAUCGUGUGGGGCAGUUGACCAACGACUUUUUUGUCAAUCUACUGGAUGAUGCCAUCGAAUGGAAACCAGCAAAAUCAGGCAACAACAACAACAAUUCGUAUCAAGGAGUGUGCCGAAAGACUGGACGUAUCGUCUGGCCCAAUGCCAGUCGGGUGGAUCUCAUCUUUGGAUCGCACAGCGUGCUUCGUGGAUUGGCAGAAACAUAUGCCCUUGCAGGUAGUCAAGGACGGUUUGCUCGUGAUUUCAGCGCUGCCUUUGCCAAGGUGAUGGAGCUUGAUCGGUUUGACGUUGUCAACAAGGCGACGAGCAGGCUCUAG